CGAUUCUCGAAUCUGUUCUUCAUUCUCUUUCGUAUUACGUUUCUGCUGCAACCCAGUAUGCCCGUGCGAGUCGCAGUCAUCGGGGGCGGGGUUGUCGGCCUCAUGGCUCUGAAGAACUUCCGCGAAGACGGUUUCGAUGCAACGCUGUACGAGGGCCGAGCGUGGGUGGGAGGACUGUGGAAGUACUCCGACGACGAAUGGCUUUCGACGGCGGAAAACACGAAAUUCAACAGCAGCAAGUUCCGCACCGCCAUCCCGGACUUUCCCUUCUCCAAGCACGUCGACGAUUUCCCCACCGCGUCGCAGCUGUACGAAUAUCUCAAUGCCUACUGUCAGCACUUUGAUCUGUGGCCGCAUGUCAAGCUCAGCAGUCGAGUGACGUCGGUCAAGCGAUCUGGGGAACGGUGGGCGCUGGAAGUGACUCCCAACGAUGCGCCAUCCUAUACCGCUCAUUACGAUAAAGUUGCGUUUGCGUGUGGAUCGUUCACCUCACCCCGACAGCCUACUCUCGAUGGCAUUGACCAGUUCAAAGGUCGCGCGUUGCACGCAGUCAACUUUCACAACCCGUCACAAUUCGAAGGACAGAAUGUGUUGGUGGUAGGAGCACAUGCGUCUGCUCAAGACGUGGUAGCACAGCUGUCGGAACAUGCAUCCCACGUAUACCUGUCGCAUCGGUCGGGUGUUCUUUUGCUCUCGCGUUACUCCUCAGAUGGCUCCGUAUACGAUCGAAUGCCCCCGCUCAACUUUACGAUCUUUACUUUGUAUUUGCAGACCUGGUUCCCAAACCUUUUCACUUGGAUGAUGGAUAGUCUGAUCGGGAUGAUGGCGAAGAAGAGUUUUCCGACUCAGCCUGCUUCCCUUGGCUCCCUCUUGACGACCAAGGCCCCCUCAAUCGCGGUAGCGGCACCACUCAUCGCCUCCGAGCUCUAUCCGCAUUUUGAGUCUGGCUUCUGCGAAGGCGUCCCUGGGAUUCGCAAAAUCUCCGGGCCGAGAAGCAUCGAGUUGACAUCCGACCGUACGUUGGACAAUGUGGACGCGAUCGUUUAUUGCACGGGAUACCACAUGACAAUACCCGUGGAAAUGGAAUCGUCACUCAACCCUUACGCAUAUCCAGGAUCGUCUGCCAAUCUCUAUCGGCAGAUUUUCCCCCUCCAUCCCGACCCAGACAUCCGCAAUUCCCUGGCUUUUCUAGGCCAAGCUGCCGUUCCCCUCCCCGGCUUUGCACAGCACGAGAUGGUCAGCAUGUGCAUCUCUCAAGUCUGGCGUGGCAAAUCCCGCUUGCCUCCGCUUGCAGAGAUGCAGAGGUGGCACCGCAACAUCCAGGCUUGGAGAGCGGAUCAAACGAAACGAUACCAGGCCCAGAGUACCUUUUACCCCGUCUUCGUUCCCAUGGCAGACCAUCUCGCGUGGAUGGACUCCUGCGCGGGCCUGGGCAUGCGUCGACACUUUGGGCUGUUGUCGCGGUGGACGAAUUGGGAGGCGUGGAAGUUCUGGUGGAACGAUCGGGAGCUCUACAACCUAUGCCUGACGGGCUUGUCGUCGCCGGCGAUCUUUCGGCUCUUCGACGAAGGCAAGCGGAAGGCUUGGGCUGGCGCACGAAAGCAGAUCCUGCUAGAUAAUGAAAGCGUGAAGCUUCAGCAGCAGGAGCGACAGAAGCAGUUGCAGGCGAAAAAGGAAAUAUAGUGUUGGAGGUCAAAUGAGAGAAUGAAAUGGACA